AUGUCGUCGUGCUCUGUGGAGAAUCAAAACCCUAACAAGUCUUCACCCUUAAAUUUCUCAAAUCUCUGGUUGAAGAACGAAAAAGUGCUCGAUCAUGUCGUUUACGCUGCCUUACGUCGAUUUUCCUUAUCCAACAAACACCCUCCCUCUCUGCCACCACACCUAGACGAUGUCACCGUUGCUUCUUCUCCUCCACAACCUCCCACGAACAGCAACAAAAUCCUGGCUUUUGAUUUCUCCCAAAUUGUUGUAUCUGAUGAUUUUACUCCUCUCCUUUCUGACGAAAUCCUCCUCCACAUCCUCUCGAAACAUCCGGAAAUAUCACAAAGGAACUCAAAUUGUUUAGUCUCAAAACGGUGGCUGAAUCUCCAAGGUCGAUUGGUAAGAUCACUCAGGGUUUUGGAUUGGGAUUUCCUUAUAUCUGGUCUUGAUGAAGUUGAUUUUGGUUUGAAAGUUUUGGCUAGUAUGUACCCCAAUCUGCGUAGACUUGUUGUUGUGAAUUGUAGUGAAAUUGGAUUACUGAGUGUUGCAGAGGAUUGUCUCACAAUGCAAGAAUUAGUCUUACAUAGAUGUAAUGAUCAUCUAUUGUGUGGAAUAGCAGCAUUUACAAAUCUGCAAAUAUUGAAGCUGAUUGGAGUUAUUGAUGGUUUCUAUAAGUCUCUGGUUUCUGACCGAGGUUUGACCAUUUUGGCACAAGGGUGUAAGAGAUUAGUGAAGCUUGAGCUACGUGGAUGUGAAGGGGGUUAUGAGGGGAUCAAAGCAAUUGGUGAAUGUUGUCAAAUGCUUGAGGAGUUAACAAUUUGUGAUCAUAGAAUGGAAGAAGGAUGGUUGUCAGCUCUUUCUUAUUAUGAAAAUUUGAAAUCUUUGAAGCUUGUUUCAUGUAAAGGCAUUGAUCAAAAUCCUGAACUGUAUGAGCAAUUAGGGUUUUGCCAGAUGCUUGAAAGAUUGCAUUUGGAGAAGUGUCAGUUAAGAGAUAAGCAAAGUGUUAGGGCUUUGUUUCUUUUAUGUCAAGCUGUGGUGGAAGUUGUUUUCAAGAAUUGUUGGGGAUUGAAUAAUGCCAUGUUUCUCAAUGCAAAUUUAUGCAGGAGGGUGAAGUCUAUGUCUAUAGAAGGAUGUUCAAGGCUAACAACACAAGGUCUUGAGAAUGUGGUUCUUUCAUGGCAGGAGCUUGAAAGCCUUGAAGUAAUAUCAUGUAAAAACAUAAAAGAUGAUGAAGUGACUCCUAAGCUAUCUGCUUUGUUUUCUCAUCUUAAAGACUUCAAAUGGUGCCCAGGUAACAACACGUCUUUUCUUCUGUCAACAAGAUUCUCUCUUUCUGAUAUGGGAAAACGAGGGGGUAAGUUCUUCAAGAAGUUUCAAAUUUAAGAGUUUGAAACUGGGAAUUUAAGCUUUUGCUUAUUUAUUCUAUAAAUUCUUUAAAAGUUUCAAACUUGAACAUUUGAGACUGUAUGUAGAUUUGGAGUUCUUUAAAAUGAAG